CGGAAAUACUGUCAAUUGUCAUGUAGAGAUGAGACUGCAAAGAGCUCAGAAUAAGGCAGUAGAGACAAUUUUCAAAUAUAAUUUUAUUCACCAACAAAGAACGUUUAUUAACAAACAAAAAUCAGGGACAUUAAAAAAAUAAAACAAUUUGAACAAACAAAAUUGUCAAAGGCCAGUUUUUACAAUUUGACUAAAUUAUUAAAAAUAGUAAGUAACAAAUUAACAUGUAAUUAAUAAUAAGAACGUUAUUACUGCAAAUAACUGUAAGUAUGCUCAAAUACCAGAGUAUGUAGGUAUUUACACUGAUUUUGAGUCAUUGAUAAAUUCGAGGAUAAAUUAAAUAAAUAAAUAAAAAAACACAGACACAAUCUGGCAACAUUGCUUAUCAAUCCAUAACCAUAAAAUAAAAAAUAAUUUUGAUAUGUCAAGUCAUUAAUUAAACGAGGGUGAGUGAGUUAUAUUCCCAAGGAGGACCUGAUGCAAAAAUAAAUGGAACCGAAUAUACAUUUUACGAGACUGUCUUCAUUUUCAUUUGCCCUGCUAGGCGAUCGCUAUGUCAUUGGCCAUUGAUGUGCAUGUUCUAAUUUCUGUAAUUUCACACAAUUAUCAAUUGCAACAAAUUGCAUCAGCUGCUGUCAAAUGUCACGUCACUGCAUUGUAAUCAUCAAUAAUUGAAGUUUCAUGAAGGGUAAACGGCCUUCUACCUCUUAAUUUUAAGCUAUUUGUAUUGUAGGGAAUCUAAAGGCGACCAUUCAAAUGGACACACUAUUUUGUAAACUGGUUUUUAACAGGUAUCAAAUCAAUUUGCGUGAAAAUAAUUAUAUGGUGUGAACAUACCUUAAAGGUAUAGUGUUUGAAUUUGAAAAAAAAAACCGAUGAAUGACAGCUGAGACUACCAUGUUUGUUGUUAAGUGUUUGUUUAUGAAAAAGAAAACAAAAACACUGGGUCGCGCUUCUAACCUCAAAAAAAAAACAGUUCAAAGCAAAGGGAAAAAUUGAUUAAACCAUCUGCCGAGUGUCUUGCCCAAAAAUCGCCUCAAGGACCGCACAAAGAAAUGGGGGGAUAUUAAGAACCGACACACCAAUAAUAAUUUAAAUAUGACGAAAGAGAUUACUUACGUGAAGCUUGCGGUAUCCAAAUUAUAAUAAUAUACUCAAGUAUUUUGUAGACACUUCGAUUUUUAUUACUUCACUUAACACACACAAGAAAAACAAUGUAUUACUCGAAUAUAAAGGAAUCCUCUUUUGGUGGAUUGAAUUUUUAAUUGUCUCGCUAGUGCGGUAAGUGCACGUGAGUGUUAUUGGUUUACGCACUCAUCGGGUCACUCAUUAGGGACGUACGGCGUUUUGCGCUAAUUAUUUACGCGUAAUUGUUUAAUUCCGGGGUUGUUUUAAAUCCGAGGGACAAACGGGCGCUUCGUCAGUUACAAGAUGGCCGGACUAGGCACAGCAGCAGGCACAAGGCUUGGGUGUCAGUCCGAUUGCUUUGCUAACCUCUCCCCUCCCGCCGUGCACGGUACCCCCCGUAAAUGUCCAUCGUUGCUAGUAGAGGUUUUCAUUCUCGCUUCUACUCCUCUUCGUUCCGCGACGAUUUCCCUCUUUGUCGCACGUUCAGCGUGCAGUUAUACGUUGAGCCGGAUGCACACUGUAAAAAUACUUUACUCUCUUUUUUGAUUACUCAUUUUCGGUGUGUUUUUAUCGGUUUUACGUACAUUACACGUACGGGGAGUGUUCGAGUUCGGUUCGGCUGAUUUGGUUCGAUCUUUUUUACGUUUUCGUUUGUGUUCGAUUCGGCUCCGUCGUACCUACGCGGCUAAAUCCGUCGAUCAGUACAAACAAUCUUUUUUUUGCUUUAUCUUCAGCUGAGGGCCGAGGGGGUCUUGUCUUGUUAUCGGACAAUGUCCAUGUUAAAUGGCCUAACAACAGGAACAGCAACGAUUCUGCAAAGCCUACGAGGACACACUAGUGACGUUAAUUGUUGUGCCUUCUCACCAAACUUCACUUUAGUCACUGGAUCGAGUGAUAAAACCAUAAGGAUAUGGGACUGGCACAAAGGUACAGGCUACGUGGAACGACAGAAUUCACCCCUACGAGCCCACAAGUACCAAGUAACCUGCGUGAAAAUUUCAUCGCAAGGUUCCAUGAUGGCUUCGGCUUCGGUAGAUGGUACCGCUUUGCUUUGGAACCUCCAUUCGUUGACAAAACUUUAUACGAUGACGCAGGUUAAUGGAGAUCCGAUUCGAGUAUGUAGUUUUUCACCAGACAGUACUUUGCUAGUAACAGGCGGAGACAAUGGAGCAUUUUGUAUUUGGGAUUUGGUCCAUAGAACCCUCAUAAGAACACUUUUUCAACAUGAAGGUACCAUUCAAGGCCUAGCCUUCACUUCAGAUUGCCAAUUUUUAGUCACAGCGUGUUCUUUGGAAGUGGUCAAAGUGUGGCACGUAUUUGACCUUAUUGACACCACAACUGAAAAUGGUUGCAUUUGUUUGGCUCGGAUUGAUAAUAUUCACGAUAUGGGAGUGUUUUCUAUUGAUGUAUCUAAACAUAUUGAUGUGGAUGAACUAAAUCCAUUGAUACGCUACUACCAUAUGGCAACUAGCGGCGUUAACGACGAAAUCAAAGUAUGGACAAUCAAAUCGAAGGCCUUAGUGAAAAAUAAAAAUUUAACACGCAACGAAGUAACAAUAAACCUAAAUCAAAUCUUGGCAGGCCACAAUUGUUCUGUAACUUGUGUAAGAUAUAGUAACGUAGGACAAUAUUUGGUAUCAAGUAGUUUAGAUAAAACGGUUAAAGUCUGGAAUACUAACAAAAAUGGCACUUCUUGUUUCGCUACAUUGUAUGGCCAUCAGAGAUAUGUUAAUUGUGUUGCAUUUUCAAAGGAUUCUGCUUUGAUUGUUUCAGGUUCCACAGGUUCCAACGAUAAACUUGUCAUUGUUUGGGAUUUAACUGGAAACAUUACUUUGGAAAGUGACUUGUUCAUGCCUCUAGUGAGCCCCGAUACAAAUGGAGUUAUGGAAAGGCAACUGGCUCACAAUGACGAGCAAAACAACGAAUGCCAUUUGUUGGAAAAAUUAGAUGACAUAUUUGAAGCUGGAGUUAAUAGUUGUUGCUUUCAUGGAAAGGAUUUAUUAGCCACUGGAUCAGGGGAUAAAUAUAUCAGAGUAUUUCAAAUAAUGCAAGACAAUAAUAAUAUUGAAGAGCUUAUUUAUUCACCAUUCGAAGGGCAUACUUAUGCAAUUAAUCAUGUUGAAUUUUCAAAAGAUGGUUCCAAACUGGCUUCAUGUUCUUUGGACGGAUGUACUUUUAUAUGGGAUCCUAAGACGGGAGAAAAACACCAAUCCAUCCCCAAAAACAGCUUAUCGAUAAAAGUUUGUAGAUUUUCUCCAAACGGAAAUUUCUUAGUAACUGCAGGUGACGAUGAAAAGGCAAUACUUUGGGAUGUAAACACAAUGGAGAAUAUUUCGGUCUUAGAAGGCCAUCUAGACACAAUUACAUCAGCCUGCAUAUCGCCAGACAAUAAAAUUCUGGUGACAGCCUCUUGCAACUCAGAUUUUAGAAUUUGGUACCUGGAAAAUUCCAGGUGCCUCCUUGUCAAAGAAGACGCCCACGAAGGCGGUGUACAAUGUUGCGACUUUUCAGAAAACUUAGAACCCAUUCCCAAUGUGGUUUCCGAAGAGCAAUCUUACCUUUUAGCUACUUGCGGGAACGACAGCAUGGUGAGAUUAUGGAGAAUCAGUGUGGCGAUCAAUAAUGAUGAAUUGAAUUUCGACAAGCCACAAGUUAAACAGUGGCGGCUCUUACAAGGCCAUGGUGGUAAUGUAAUAUCUGUUAGAUUGUCACCAAUAGUGGGUGAAGUUGUAUGUUCAACUGCUACUGACAGGCAAGCGAGAUUAUGGUCAGUUUAUGGUGGUCAGUGCUUGUAUGUCUUGGACCACGAUUCUAUAGCGACAUGUUGCUCAUUUAGUGCUGAUAGUUCAUUGUUGGCUGUUGGUUGUUUGGAUAGGACUUUGUGGCUAUGGAAAUUACCACAGCAAUUGGUGUUUCAAACUGCUAUAGCCAGUAAAGUGAAAAGGCAUACGAAAACUAUAGCAGAAUGGUCAAAUAGUGAUGUCAUCAAAUGGUUGGAUGAGAUAAAUAUGACUAGGAUUGCUCAGAAUGUUAAAAAUACUGGGCUUGAUGGUGCAAGGCUGAUGACUUUGAGUGAAAAUGAAGUGUGUUCUGGGUUGGAUUUAGAUGAUCAAACUGCAGAAAUAAUGAUGAGAGAAUUAAAAUGGCUCAAAAAGGUGGAAGUUCAAAUUCGGAAACCAACCAACAUAGACAUUCCACAUGAAUUUUUAUGUCCCAUCACGCACGAGAUUAUGCGGGAGCCUGUGAAAUGCUCCGACGGGUUUACCUAUGAAAAAAGUGCCAUAGCUGAAUGGUUUAUGUCAGGGAAGUUUACUAGUCCCAUGACCAACGAGGAGCUUGAAAAUACUGGAUUCUGUUGCAAUAUGGAACUUAGAGAGGCGAUUAUGGAGUUUGUUGAGGGUGCAGAAGAAGACUAAUCUUUUUUAUACUUGUAAUCUAGUUGUCGUGAUAAUAAAUGACUGAACCAAUAAUAGUUGACACGUAUUUCUUAGGCAAUUUCAUAAGAUGGUCAACACAUUUUCUAUAUGUUACUUUUUUACUUAAUCACUGUGAAUUUUUAGGUGUUUAUUAUUGAUGACCAUUUUGUGCCUUUUUAACACACUAUCUUUUUAAAUUAUUACCUAAUUUAGGUUAGUUGGAAUCUGUGAUAUUUCUAUGUAGUAAUUUUUUUCAAAUAAAUUAUGUUAGAAUCUA